CCACCUCUCUGCACCAACCGGAGAGGAAGAGCACAUCAGGAAGAUCCCGGAUGGAUGAUAAGAACCAAGGUGUCCCUGACUCCUUCUCUGCUUCUAUUUUUUCCUUGACGUUUUUUUGAUUUAUGUUGCAUUCUUCCUUCAUUAUUUUAUGUUUGCUCCUUUUAGAUUUUUGCAUUUCACUCGACCUCUCCCAAACUUCACUACUACCUGCUUGUUCAGUCUCUUUCUUUUUAAUUUGCUGUCACAACUCUUUUGCUUCGUCACCAUGUCCUUCUUCUCUUCUUCUUUUGUUUGGGUCAUUUAUUCAUCCACCGUCCAGCUCUGUCUUUCUUUGUGGUCCUUUAGUGUGUCCGUCUGUCCGUUCACUGACCGGGAGCCAGGACGGUGUGAAGACUGGCACGAUGAUGAUCGCCACAUUGCUAGGAAAUCACAGGAAAGCAUCCUGUAUGACCAGAGGAGAAGGUAACAUCAUGGAGGAGCCUCCCUAGCUAACCCGUAGCUAACUACAUCCCGGCUCGGACCAAGCAGGAAUCUCGGUUGCUCCGGCAUGGAUGUCAUAAUGGCGUCUCCCAAAAACGUCACUGCCUUGAACGGAACGGAGGUCAAAAUCUCCUGCAUAUUCCAGUCCUGUUACAAGAUGGACCCUUCCGUAUUCGUCAUGAACUGGACCUUUCAGGAAACAAAGAAUGAUACUGAAAAAAUGUUAAUGAAGUUCGACAAAAAGAAAGGUAUGGUUCCCCUCCGACUGGAUCACUUCGGGGACCGCGUGAAGUUUGUGGGAAACCUGGAGAAGAACGACAUGUCCAUCACGCUGUCGGAGGUGGAGGUGAAGGACGAGGGUUACUACCACUGCAACAUCAUCAACCACCCUGACCGGAACGCGGGACGCAAUAACAUCACGCUCCUCGUGGUGUUGGAACUUUCCACUCCCGAAGACACCACCAACGCUGUAGCCAUCGGGGCGUCGGUGGGCGGGGCGUUGGCGCUGCUGAUCCUCUCCAUGGUGGUGGUGAAGUGCCUCCGACACCACAAGAAACAGGAGCUGAUAUCAGAGGAGAAGAUGGAGGAGGAGGAGAAGCUGGAGGCCGAGGUCGUAACAGAGGAGGGGACCAAACAAGGAUACUCCUUACCUGAAGAUGCAUAGUAUCCCUGGCUUGGUCGUUGCCUAGUGACAAUCUCCUUCUAUGUGUGUGUGUGUGUGUGUGUGUGUGUGUGUGUGUGUGUGUGUGUGUUUGUGGAUGUGUGUGUGUGUGUGUGUGUUUGUGCGUGAGUGCGUGCAUGUGUGUGCGCGUGCGUGCGUGUGUGUGGUGGUUUGUGUGUGUGCGUAAUGAUUCAUCUCUUUUCCAUCGUUGUGAGCCCUAAAUCUUCUACUAUAUCAUACAUGUGCCAGGAAGAUUAUACCACUUAAUAUUUGCAUUCACAUACACCACUAAGCAUGCUUGUAAUGAAGCAUCUCAUAUGACAGCACACAUAGCAAAGGCGAUAUAUCGCCAUAUAUAGUCAAAUAAAAUGUCAAAAUAGCAUAACCAUUACAGGCUAAUAUUAUUGAGCAGCAAUACCUUUAGCCUGUAGUCAGUAGGUUUUGCACAUGGGAUGUGGAAAAUGUGCACGACAUUGUAACUUUGUGAUCGAUUGGGGCUCCAUUAAGUUUGCUUCAUUUCGGACAGUGAUUAAUGACGGUUUCAUUGAAAGUGGCUUGUUAUUAUCAGCAGUGUGUGGGCCGAUCGUAACAGGUACCUUCUCAUCAUGGUUAGGAUGAUACAGAAAAUUUGAACUUUGCAGCCAAUUAAGUUUGUUCUUAAGUUGGCUACUGAAAAAUAUGUUGAUGUAUUUUUUUGGGUAUUCCACUGAAAAUCAUGUGUAUGGUGAAAUGAUGCUUUCCUAUUUGAUAACAAUCACCACUAUGGUCUUUACAAAGCUUGAUUCAAAAAUCACUUCACAUAAACAAACAUGUUUGAUUUAGUAGCAAAUACCUCCGGUGAAUAUUCUUGUUGAGUUUUAGGUUAGUAACUACUUCCUUGGCUGAGAAGCUCUUGCACAGGCUACUAAUUGUGAGGCUACGUGUUUGAAUUAGUCUUUCUAUGAAUGUUAGGCGUUGCGCGUUUAUCUCACUUUCUUCAUCAAAUUCAUUCUGGGGAAAAUCUUUCAUGCACUUAUGCGAUUCUAUUCAUAUUCCUAAAUAAAGAAAGGUACAAUGGAAA